AUGACGAUCACUGGUUUUGUUGUACUCAGUGGAAAAACCAAGAUUCCUGAACCAACAGCGAAUUUCCAUAAUGCUUUUGAAGGUACAAGCUCUACAGGAGGAUAUGAAUUAGCAAAUGCUCUUGUCAACAUAACUUUCUCGUAUGGUGGUUUCAACAACGCUUUUAAUCUCGUCAACGAAGUGAAAAACCCAAUUAGAACCAUCAAGAGGACUGCACCCUUGGCUCUGUUGAUCGUUGCUACCCUCUAUACCCUUGUCAACAUUGCUUAUAUCGCUGCUAUCCCAAAACUCGAAAUCGUACAAUCCAAACAAAUCAUCGCCAGUUUAUUCUUCCAAAAAGUUUUCGGUGCCAAAGUAGCAAAAGGUCUUACCAUUCUUCCUGUACUGAGUGCUUUUGGAAAUAUACUUUCAAGCUUGAUGGGAUCUUCAAGAAUGGUUAGAGAAGUGGGACGCCAAGGUGUAUUACCUUUCCCUAAAUUCUGGGUAUCUACCAAACCAUUUGGAACGCCAAUAGGUCCAGUGUUGUUCAAAUGGGCCGUUACUUCCAUCAUGAUUCUUGGUCCUCCAUCCGGAGACGCUUUCAAUUUCAUCGUGGCUUUGCAAAAUUACCCUGAUUCAGUCUUUGUUUUCCUUAUGACUUUCGGCCUGUUCCUCAUCCGACGUCAACGUAAGGGACUUGGUUUGGGCAGAUCCGAAUUUAAAGCUUGGGACGUAGCUGUUAUCGUAUACCUUCUAUCAAAAGCGUUCCUUCUUAUCAUGCCAUGGGUACCACCCAAGACUGGGAUUUAUGGUGGAUCAUUCAGUUUCUUCUACGCUACUGCAACCCUUACCGGUCUCGGCAUUCUUGCUAUUUGUGGUAUCUAUUAUUACUUGUGGAUCUACGUUUUCCCUAAGGUUGGAGGUUAUCAGAUCCGACAAACUGUCCUCACAUUGGAUCGAGGUGCAGUAGGUCAUCAGCUUGUCAAGGUGAAAAAUCAGGAUAUCCAAGAGUGGGAUUCCACACAUGAUCCAAGUGGAAGGUUACUUGUCGAAUUGCCCGCGACCCCCACCGAUGAAAAGGCGCAGUAG